CCAAAAAAGUGCUACCACAAACCCAAAAAUCCCAAAUUUUUCAAAUUGGUAGGCUCUUCGUCUUCUUCAGAGAACCUCGAAAACCGAGCUCCAACUUGUUAUCAGCAAACGGUAGACGGGGGGGAGUCUCGGGGAUGGUGAGCAGAAUCUUAACAAGUUGAAGUGGCUAUUCUAUGAUUUUGUUAAGAUUGUGGAAAUCACAACUUAGAGAAGCGUUUACGAGAUUCUCUUAUUUAUAAAAUCGCUUUCUUCCUUCCUUUUUUUUGCUAUGAAAACUCGAAAGAAGAAAGCUGAUAGGAUAAGCACUUUACCGGACGCAGUGCUAUGUUAUAUUCUGUCUUUUCUACCAACCAAACUAUGUGUUGCUACAAGUAUUCUCUCAAGAAGGUGGAGACCACUUUGGCGCUCAGUCCCUACUCUCGACUUCGACGAUAGUGGUUACGACCAAAGCAGAGAGAUCUAUCGUCGCUUUGUUCAGUCAGUAUAUGUCGCUAUCUACUCGCGAGAUUUGCACCAACCCAUACAAAGAUUUCGCCUCAAGUCUGAUUCUUCUCUAGCUGGUCAUAGCAAUCUCAGGGCAUGGAUGAAUGCUGCAGCAGAACGCGGAGUUGAGCACUUGGAUCUCUCUCUGCCACCGUAUUGGGAUAAUAACUGGAAGCUGAGCUUGCCAUCUGCCAUUCUCAGCAGCAGAACCCUCGUGGUUCUCAAGUUGUAUGGAUUAACAGUGAAAGCUCAUUUGCCUGUUCAUCUUCCCUCACUUAAAAUCCUGCAUUUGUACUGCAUUCUUUUCAAAAGAAGUAGAAAUCUCGCGAAGUUUCUUUCUGGAUGUCCAGUUCUUGAGUAUUUGGAAGAAGAUCAGGUGGAAUUUGAUGACUCUCUUAUUGUGGGAGAGUUUAAACGCUUGCCCAAGUUGGUCAGAGCUUAUGUUCAUAAAGUUCAUGUUCCGUUAGAAUCCGUUCGUAAUGUAGAGCUUCUGAGAAUAUUGGGGAUGUGUGACAUUCGGGGCUUCCAAUACCCUAUUCCCAUGUUUCUCAAUUUAACCCAUAUUGAACUCAUCUAUUAUUAUUUUAUCAGAGAUUGGCUUGAGAUAGUAGAAGUGCUCAAGCGUUGCCCUAAGCUUCAAAUUUUGUUCAUUGAUCAGUCUUGGCCCGGUAAAUUCGACGAAGAAGAAGUAGGAGGAGGAGAUUGGCCGUACCCACAAUUUGUUCCUGAAUCCAUCUCUUUACACCUUAAAACAUGCCGUCUUUAUAAUUAUCAAAGUUCGAAAGGUGAGUUUCGAUUUGUAAGAUAUAUCUUGCGGAAUGCACGACUUUUACAGUCAAUGAAAAUCAUCAGUUGCACCAGUAAUCAAGAUGUAAAGCUCAAAAUGAUAAAAGAUUUAUCCUUCUGCAGAAGGCGCUCUGUAACUUGUAAACUUUCGUUUCAAUUUACUGAAUUUAUGCAUUCUCAUUAUUAG